CACAAUCUCAACCCGAACGCCAACAAAAACAACCCAUAAUUCCGACAUCCAUCUCUCUCUCUGAUAUAUAUAUUGAUCACAAUCUGUCAGGGGGAAAUUAUAGAUGAGAGAGGUGGCCAUGAUGGAGAAGAGGGUAAAACAUGUAGAUUGAUAUAUGAUUCCCACCUCCAAAUCUUUUCUUUUUCUUUAUUUUGAUUGAAAAUGGAAGUCAAACAUUCAAAGGAGAUUGCCACACAUUUGAAAUUUGGCUUGACUGUGGUUUUAUCCCUCGGUGGGGCCCUCUAUACCUAUCACAGAUUUAAAAAUAUCAAACUUCCUCAAGGUCAUGGAAGAAAUGUCGAUUCAAGAAAGGAAAUUAGCGAUGAUCAGAAUAAUCAACAACAUAGAAGAAUCCUCUCGUUGAAUUCCGAAGAGGAUCUGUGUCUGAAGAAGAAUGACUCCGACGAGGAGGAGCAGGAGCGGGAGAUGCGUAGGCUACGCAACCGGGUGAAAUUCCUUGAAGAGAAGGAGAGGAACCAGGAGCUCCAGCUCCUCGAAUACUACGGGAUCAAGGAGCAACAGACCGCGGUCAUCGAGCUCCAGAACCGCCUGCAGUUGAACAGCAUGGAGGCGAAGUUGUACAACCUCAAGAUCGAGUCGCUGCUGCUCGACAACAGGCGGCUGGAGGCUCAGGCGGCCGACCACAACAAUGCCACGGCCGAGCUGGAGGCCGCCAAGGCGAAAAUCAAGACGCUGAAGAAGAAGCUGAGGGCAGAGGCCGAGAAGAAUAAGGAGCAGAUUCUGAGCCUGCAAGAUCGGCUGGCGAUGGUGCAGGAUCAAGAGAAGAAGACGGCGGAGGUGGAUGUGGAGAUGAAGCAGCAGCUCGAGGAGGCGUGUGAGUUGAGGCUCGAGCUAGAGGAGAUGAGGAAGUGUAGUGAUAUCUUGAAGCUGGAGAACAUCGAGCUCACGCAGAAGCUCGAGUACGUGCAGAUGCUCGCUGAGAACGCCGUCGAUAACGAAGAGGUGAUGGAGCUGAAGGAAGAGAACAGAGAGUGGAGAGAGGAGGUCGAGCGGAUGAAGGCGGAGAAGGCGACAGACGUGGAAGAGUUGAUCUUCCUCCGAUGGAUCAACGCGUGCCUCGGCAAUGAGCUAAAGAACUACCAACCGGCCGGGAAUAGCAUUGCUCGGAACCUGAGCCCUAAGUCGGAGGAGAAGAUAAAGAAGCUCCUACUCGAAUAUGCCAACAAAGAGCCAAAGACCAUCGACUCCAACUACCUCGAAUCCGACCAAUGGUCUUCGUCUCAGAACUCGUGCAUGACCGACGAGCGUGACUUGGAUCUCCCGUCAUCAAGCAAGCCCGGGAAGCCCAAAAUUUUCGGCAGGCUAAGACGACUACUCCUCGGGAAAAGCUCCCGACGCCAGACUCCCUUGACGGAUCGCACCCCGUCCGCGGGUACUAUCCCGGGACGCUUGUCGUGCGAAUACCCGGCGGGCUCACCAAGGGUGGUAGACGCCGGGGGCAAUGACAUCAUCAAGGCGUCGUCGAUCCUGUCGAGGAGCGGGUCCCGCAGGUCCUUCGACGUCCCAAGAUCAUACUCCCGAGGGAAUAUGACCAUGGCCGCGACCAGUAGUGGGUCGCGGCCGCGGAGUAGCAACGUGGAUGAUCCAUCCAGUUUAAUAAAUAGAAUCGAUGCGUUGGCCGAUUACGAAUCGACAAGUUGGUCAACGGGAGACCAAACAUCUUCGAAAGAGGAAUUAAAGAAAUUUUCAGAGGCUUUGAAAGAUUCACGCUCCAAAUAUUCCUUUAGGAGUUCGUUUGAAUCUACCUCUUAAUUUUCUAAUUUUGUG